CACCCUCGUGUUCUCUCUCUCUUCAUUCAGCAUCUUUCAUCUUGGUCAAUCUAAAUCUAUCGAUCUUCUUCAAACUCCCAGUAUAUCCUGCUACACAUUUUUUCUGAUAAGAGAAUGGCAGAUUGGGGGCCAGUAGUUGUAGCCACUGUGCUUUUUGUGCUACUGAGUCCAGGAUUGUUGUUCCAGCUUCCUGGUAAAGGUAGAGUUGUGGAGUUUGCCAACAUGCAGACCAGUGGCCCCUCCAUCUUUGUUCACACCAUCCUUUUCUUUGCCCUCAUCACCAUCUUCGUUAUUGCUAUUGGUGUUCAUGUCUACACAGGCUAGUGUCUGCUCAUCUAUAUUAACCUAUGCCCUUUCUAUUUUUCUUCUUGUUUGCUUGUUUUUAUCUCUGCUGAUAAAAUUUUUCGGUUAUUGUAACUGGGUAAGUCAUGUAAUCCUGUAAUCAAGAAGCUAUCGUUGAUCCAUCACCGAUCUGCAACACUAGUCCUGUCUUCAUUUUUUAUUUAAAUUUUUAUUGAAUAUUGCUGCUUCUGGAAUUAUGUAAA